AUGCGUAGCCGCAAGACUUCUGGUAUUCAGAAACUCCGUAUCCGCCGCUCAAGCACCCCAACAACACCCAGCGGGAAUCUCGAGAUAAAGCGGCAAUAUCUGAAGAAGCAGCGCAUCAAGCAGCAUCGACAGCGCAAGCAAGAAGCUCAGCAGCAGUCGCAGCGGAAGCAUUCGUACAGGCGCAUUGCGAUGCUUGUAUUGGCCGCCGUGAAGGCCAAGCGGGAGCAAUGGGCGACGAUAGCGAGAGAAACUCAGGAGAUUGUGCUCGGAGAUGGCAAGUACGUUGAAGAGCGCCACCUUCCUGUUGUUUUUCCCGCUGUAGCUCAAUUGAACGGACAAGGUUUAGGCCUUCCAAGCACAGACAUGGACACGACGUUGCGUGUCACCCACGAUAUUUCUGCCCAAAUCCAGCUCAGCCGGCAAGGCACCACCUUCUACCCGCACUAUUCCGAUCUCCUAGCGACCUGGGCUAGCAAACGACCGACCACAGCUAUUGCGAACACGGCAAUCGAGUUCACCCGUACUUCCACCCUUACUGCAGCCCAUGUUAUAUCCAACACCCAUCCCCAUCUCUACACGCACAGUCCAUCUAGCCUCUCCUUGACCACGCUCGGAGUCUUGUCUUUCGCUUCUCCCAAGAAACCGGGUGGUGGCUGCCUACAUGGCGGGGAUGAGCAGGAGGAAACCAUCGCACGACUGAGUUCUUUGGUAGCGAGCCUGAGCGUCCCUGCUGCGCGCGAGUUUUACAAAGAGCACAAGGCUUUCAAAGUCGAAGAUGGCAGUGGGCUCCACGACCACUCCAUGGUGUACUCUCCAGGGGUGGUUGUGUUUCGGAGCGAUUGGGACGAUACGCUCAUUGCCUCUGAUGAGUCCCCAAGGAAUGCGAUCAUGUCGAACAUGACUGAUCUCGCGGACGAUUCUGUUGGCGGUGACUUCAUUCCUCCAUACACCAUCAACGUUGUAUCUUCCGUUCCCGUCAAUGCUGCCGCGGUUCGUGCCAAGCACCUCAUACUGCCAUCUGAAGCACAGUUAUUCGAGGACGGAAUCAGGAGCGCAAUGAAGGAACGCAUGGGUCGUGUUCUGCGGAUUUUCGAGGAGCGGGGCGACAGGGUGAUAGUACUUGGUGCAUUUGGUUGUGGAUCAAGCCAAAACAAGGUGGAGACGAUUGCGAGUUUGUGGGCGGAACUUCUGGUGUGUGGCGAUUCUCAGAGGAAGACCGAAGGCGGGAGCGAGGGACAGCAGCAUGAGGCGCGCUUCAAAAAUUCGUUCGAGAAGGUCGUCUUUGCGGUACCGGGCAAGCUGUUUGAUCCAUUCAAGACAGCUUUCGAUAUGCGCAUUUUCGAGGAGGAAGUGGCGAUGGCUGCUGCCGAUCUGACACAAGAGAUACUGUCAUCCCCUCGACAGCUCACGCGAUGUUUGCGCUCGUCGUACUUCUCGCAACCUCCAUCUCUUUGGUUUCGUCGCCCGUUCGUGAGUAAGAUGCCGCUGCCCCGCGUAAUGCUCUGCGGUGACCUCGUGUGGGCCCACAAGGAAUGCGAGGUCAUGUUCAAGGGGGUUGCGGAGGUGGUCCGCAUGGACUCUCCCAAUCGUGCAGACUUCUUCGACGGUCUGAAGUCCGGCGGAAAGUACUACGGAACCGUCGCCAUGAUGAGGCAGAACUCGUCUGCUGACAACAUAGGCGUGUUCGAUAAGGAGCUCGUUGAGGCUAUUUCACCAACUGUGAAGUGGAUAGCUCACAAUGGGGCCGGCUACGAUCAAAUCAAUGUCGAUGCUUGCAAGAAGAAAGGUAUAAUUGUAUCUAAUACACCCGGAGCAGUGGACGACGCGACAGCGACCACUGCGUUAUACCUUCUUAUCUCUGCAUUGCGCCGAUUUUCCCAAGCUGAGCGGGACGUCCGCUAUGGGAAAUGGAAGUCUGGGCACAAGGCGGGCGAUGCGCAUGAUCUGACGGGACGUACGCUCGCUAUCCUUGGAUUGGGCGGCAUCGGUCUGCGCAUGGCAGAGAUGGCCCACGCUUUCCCAAUGCGCAUUGUAUACCACAAUCGAGGAAAGGUAGAAAAGGCGCCCGAAUGGUGCGAAUACUAUCCACCGGAGCGCUUGGAUGAGAUGCUCGCAAUCGCUGAUGUUUUGAGUGUCCACAUUCCCUUGAGAGAGGACACGGUGCACUUCGUGGACGAGACGAUGAUCAGGAAGCUCAAGAAAGGUGCAGUCAUUGUGAACACCGCGAGAGGAAAGGUCAUCGAUGAAGCGGCCAUGAUCAAGGCACUGGAGGACGGUCAUCUCGGCGGUAUUGGCUUGGAUGUGUACCCCAACGAACCACAAGUUAACCCACGGUUGUUCGACUUUCCUAAUGCCACCCUUCUCCCUCACAUGGGCACGGAAACGUGUGACUCGCAGAAGAAGAUGGAGAUUAGAGCGCUCAGCAAUCUCAGAGAUUAUGUGCUGAGGGGUAGGGGGAAGGAUGUGAUUCCGGAACACAAGCUUUGA